GCUGACUGCUGACUGCCCUCCCCUCGGCCAUGGACACACCUGUUUACUCUCCACCAGCACUCACCACCUCAGAACCUGGGAACACGUCUUCCACCUGGCCCCUGGAUGCCGCCCUGGGAAAUAGAUCAGGGGGCCCAAGCCCAACAGGACUGGCCAUCAGCGGCAUUCUGAUCCCCCUGGUCUACUUGGUGGUGUGUGUGGUGGGUCUUCUGGGCAACUCGCUGGUCAUCUAUGUGGUCCUGAGGCACACGGCCAGCCCGUCAGUCACCAACGUCUACAUUCUGAACCUGGCACUGGCUGAUGAACUCUUCAUGCUGGGGCUGCCCUUCCUGGCAGCCCAGAAUGCCCUGUCUUACUGGCCCUUUGGCUCCCUCAUGUGCCGUCUGGUCAUGGCUGUGGACGGCAUCAACCAGUUCACCAGCAUCUUCUGCCUCACCGUCAUGAGUGUCGACCGCUACCUAGCGGUGGUGCACCCGACGCGCUCGGCCCGCUGGCGCACAGCGCCCGUGGCCCGCACAGUGAGCGUGGCCGUCUGGGUGGCCUCAGCCGUGGUGGUACUGCCCGUGGUGGUCUUCUCGGGCGUGCCCCGCGGCAUGAGCACCUGCCACAUGCAGUGGCCCGAGCCGGCAGCGGCCUGGCGGGCAGGCUUCAUCAUCUAUACAGCCGCCUUGGGCUUCUUUGGGCCACUGCUGGUCAUCUGCCUCUGCUAUCUGCUGAUUGUGGUGAAGGUGCGCUCUGCCGGGCGGCGGGUGCGGGCGCCCUCGUGCCAGCGGCGGCGGCACUCUGAGCGCAGGGUCACGCGCAUGGUGGUGGCUGUGGUGGCACUUUUUGUCCUUUGCUGGAUGCCCUUCUAUGUGCUCAACAUCGUCAACGUGGUGUGCCCGCUGCCGGAGGAGCCCGCCUUCUUCGGUCUCUACUUCCUGGUGGUGGCACUGCCCUAUGCCAACAGCUGUGCCAACCCCAUCCUGUAUGGCUUCCUCUCCUACCGCUUCAAGCAGGGCUUCCGCAGGGUCCUGCUGCGGCCUUCGCGCCGCGUGCGCAGCCAGGAGCCAGAGGCAGGGCCUCCGGAGAAGACGGAGGAGGACGAGGAGGAGGAGGAAGAGGAGGGUGAGGAGGGUGGGGAGAAGAAGCAAGGGGAGGUGAAGGAGGUGAAUGGCCGGGUCAGCCAGAUCACCCAGCCUGGCCCAAGCGGGCAGGAGCUGCCACCCAGUGGCCCUGCGAUUAAAGAACAACAGUUCCUGCCCCAGGAGCCCUCUAAUGAAGAGAGGUCCAGCGCCAUGCACAUCAGUUACCUGUAGGUUCCGGAGAACUGGGGCACCG